AUGAAUGUGUGCUGUGAGAGUGAACGAGCAGCAGUGAAGAUGAUGGCCAUUAACGCGCAAGGAACGAAAGGACAAACGACUCCCGCAGCCGUGACAACUACAACUACGUCCUCCGUGGCCAGUUCCACUACGACGUUACAAUCCACGAGUAAACGAGAAGCGCUGAGAAUGACUGAAAUUGGAUUAUUGGAUUGUCUCGCAUUUGUUUCUUCAGCAGCAGUGCUUGCAUUUGGCGUGAAGCUUAACGCCAUUAACGCGCAAGGAACGAAAGGACAAACGACUCCCGCAGCCGUGACAACUACAACUACGUCCUCCGUGGCCAGUUCCACUACGACGUUACAAUCCACGAGUUCGACAGAGCCGAACGUGAUCGAGGACAUCCGGAUAGAAUGCAACAGUAACGACAUUCGAGUGAAAAUCGAAACGAAUGCCCGGUUCAAUGGCCUCAUCUAUCCCAAAGGACUUUCGAGAAAUUCCACGUGUAUGUCUCAAUAUGACAACCGAAUCGACCCAGAUGUCGAAUACGUCAUUCCGUUGUGGUCCUGCAACACCAUGAGUUCCGCUAUGCCUGAUGGAGGGAUUGAGUACUUCAAUACCAUUGUCGUUCAGCCGCAUCGGAAGCUGGUGACGAGUCAUGGCAGAGGCUACCACAUCCGAUGCAAGUACCAGACUCAAGAAAAGACCGUCCAAUCCGACUUCAAUGUCAAGCAAUUAGAAGGAACGACGCCGAUCAUCGCUACUGCCGCCUUGCCCGCGUGUCGGAUGCUCAUCUAUUUCGGCGGCGAGAACCGAGUGGCGGAGAAUGUGCGGAUAGGCGACCCGUUGACUCUGGAAAUCGAAUUGGACCCGCAAGAGAUCUACGGGUUCAAGGUGUCGUCUUGUUGGGUUCGGGACGGGAUGAACCAAGGCGAGCAGCGUCUGAUUGACGAGUUCGGGUGUCCCGAGGACGAGGAGAUCAUGGGUCCGUUCGUGUACGAGCCCAACAAACGGGUUGCCCGGGUCCAGUUCCAGGCCCACAAGUUCCCCUACACGCCGUCAGUCUACUACACGUGCAACAUCAAGCUCUGCGUCAAGGGCGCCGGUGGUUGUGACGAUGUGCCCCCGGAUUGUGGACGUGAUUAUCAGUCGGUUCUUCGUCGUCGUCGUCGCAAGCGUCAGCUUACCCGAGUGGAAGAGGAAGAACGAAAACAACGCACGAUUCAAGUCUACAGCGGAUUGUACGUGAGCGAAGAGGAAGAUUACGGCACAGGGACUGACGUGGACUUUCCGGAUGUCGAAAAAGUCGAAGAGGCUGGAUUGCACGAAGGCAAAUUUUGCAUGAGAAAGGAAACGUUCUGGUGGAUCAUCGUUAUUUGCGGCUUGCUGCUCAUGUUCGCCGUGCUGAUCACGACGUUGAUCCUGAUCCAACGAAGACGACGUGGAAAGCACACUUCGACCACUGGGUCUUCUAUUUACUCUGGGCCUUACUCCAACGCGGCUUAUUCGCAUUCCAGCAGCUGAGCAAAUCUUCGGAACCUUUUCUUCUGCUCCCGUCAUAUUUGACCUCAAAGUCGUUUUAUUUCUAUCUUUUUUGUUGUUGCAUGAACUAGAAGGGAGAUCAUGACUGGUUUCUGCGCGAAGUCAGGAGCAUAUGGUUGUGGGACGAAUGUCCACGAGUUCAUUUAAUAAGAGAAGUUUUAGAAAAGAUUUAUCUAUUCAAUUCUUGGCAUAAAUUUUGGAGGGUAAUUUAUUCGAAUAUGUUUGAUUAGUUUAUUCUAAAGCAUGUCUGGGUUUAUUUUUAAAUUUAGAAGAAUACUUUACAGUAUUGAUGAAUCCUUCUAGAAUAUGCUGGUAAUAAUUACGGACUCGCAGUAGCACAUAUUGUUGUAGACUUUAUAGAGGCGAUUAUUAUAAUUAUUGACGACGUCCAUCAGCAAUUUUCUCUUGGUUUGCAUUUUUUGGAUUCUAGUAAGCUUUAUUUCAACGAAAAAGUAAUAAUUUGCCGAACAGGUUUUUCGUCAUUUUCUUGCGUUUUUUGCUCGAUUAUCUGACUUUGACAGCUAUAAGUGACAGCUCAGGAUACAUUUUUCUGAAAUCAUGUUCGGAAAAGUUGGGAGUUAUUCUUCCACGUGAUCUGAAAAUUUCAAGUUUUUAUGAAGGGAUUUUUUGAAGAAGUUCCACGUUGAAUGUUUAUGACUCCGUGUGGAAACCAUCAGUCAACUCCAUAGUAUUUCAAGCAGCUAUACGAAGGUUUUUUGUAGGUUUGUUUUUAGGUAUUACGGGAUGCUUCCCCGGUGAAGAAAAAGAUUUAUUCCGUUGCUUUUAUUUUUUCUUUCGGACGUUGACUUUGCAAAUGCCGUCUUUUUUUUCUGGAAUGCAUAGAGCUUGUCGUUGAUGAGAUCAGCUUGAGUUCACGAAAGGUUGGCACUAUGGGAAAAGCCAUGGUCCGAAAAAGAAUGCUUGGACUCGAUUUGAGUUUGUCAUCAGCACAUGGGCUCAUCGAAGUAUCCUGAAACUGCUCAAUAUUAAUAAUUCUAAUGCCGAGAUUCGAGUUCAAGUGAGAACAGGCAUUAUUGAUUUAUUUUCUGACUAUAUAGAAGAGAUAUCUUUUUUAGUUGCUUUGACCUGAAAAGUCGCGAGAAUCCUCAAGUAGUCCGUUUCGUCCCUUUUUUUGUAGAACUUGAGUCGCCUGUGAUACAAAACGAUACACUCCAGAUUGGGCCAAACAAUUUGUAUUCGUAUCUCGUUAUGGGAAGCUUAAACGAGUAUGUAAAUAUUGCGAGAGGGUUUUAUUUUGUUUUUUUUUUUUCCUGAGUUUGACGUAAUCGUUGACCUGUUUGAUUGUCAAAGUAACUGAAGCUACUUAUUUAUUAAUAUUUUUCCUGCUGACAAUAUCUUUUUCUGCUGCUUGUAGUGUCGUAGAGAGAAAGAAAAAUGGGCAUGUGGACGCUUCUUGAAUCCUCAGAGUCCCUAACGCAGUGCUAAAAAACAUUUUUUUAAAUUCCGCCGAACGCGGACUAUUACGAAUUUCGUCCUUUUUCUGUGUUCGAUUUUUUUUCGUGUAUGUAGAAAUUUUUUUUUUUUUUUUAGCGCGCGGAAUUUUAUCGGAAUUCCGGUGCUCCGCUCUGCCAGAAGCUCGUGAAAGAUGAGUGGCGGAAAAGUAUCCUUCAAGAGGCAGCUAAAACUUCUUGUUCGAUAGAGAUGGAGUCGAAUGGGUGCGUUUGUUUGUUUGUUUGGGUUUGAAAGGCGGGAACUAAAUCUGUGAGUUUUUGGGGCGGUGAGAUUUGAGAAAUAAGAAAAUGGGAGAGAGAGAGAGAGAGUAGCGGGGGAUCAUGAUGAGAGAUCCCCCCUCGUCCUCAUCGCGAUGAUGAGAUGAUUUGGUGCAUUGAUCGUCGAGCUUCUUGCCUUCCCUAAACUUCGAUGCGUGUUGCAAAAAUUGUUGUUGCUCACAUGAUUUGUGUUUUUUUUUUGCUUUGCGAAUGUUUUUCCCACUUCCACCACAUUUAUUUGUUUUUGCCUCUUGAUGUAGGACCGCCAUCUUUCCCCUUUCAACCAUCUACCUGGAUAUGCAUGAGCGUGACAUCUAUAUCACCAGUUUUUUUCACUUUCCACAAACAAAUUUUAUGCAUUCCCUAAAUCGAGAGUGCGCAUGACCUGUGAUAUACAUAGAAGAAAUACUUUUUCGCUUCCUUGAAAAUAUUUUCUGAAUACGUAUUAUUGCAAACGAGAUGAGAUUUCAUUUCCCACUGAUUCGUUUCAAGAAAACUGAAGUAAUUUUUUGUGCGAAUGAACACUAAGAAGACGGAGUAAAAAUAUUUUUUCCUUACAAAAGGAAAGGUUUUUCACGAAUAUUUUCAUAAAUUUGCAACCCUUUGUCAAAAUUUUUUUUUAAAAUCGUUGAUCGGUCAGCAGCAGAUUUCUCUGAUAAUUUUUGAAGGCUGCCAAAAUCGGUUCGUGUGGGACAAAAAUUUCCAUUAGAUGAAAUAUACGAGUGAUUAAACACUGGAGGUGAACAUGCCAUGUGCUAACAUAUUCAGUGAGAGGGUGUGGAUGUGUACCCGCAGAGUCGCACUUAUUUUUUUCUCUCUCCUUAUCUUUGUAUCUAAAUUUGGAAAUUUUAACUGUAAUAAGCGAAUAUUUACACACUGAUGGAAGUGAGAAAAAUGUUCGCGAAGUUCCUCUUGUCUUGGUGCUGCUGAAAACUUUGUUUUUGAAUGAGUUCAGCUCGUUCGCCGUGUAACAACCGUGUGAUAUAUAAUACUGCGUGUGCUUUUUGAGUAAAAAUCGACCGCGAAAUAUGCCCUUGUCAGUGGACAAUGGGAAUGUUGUCUUUGAUCCGUCCCGCGCGAGCACAGGAAUUCCUGAGCAAUCUAGUAUACGAAAAGAUGUUGCUUUUAAACGGGUGAAACGUUGUAGCAGCAUCACCCUUGACUUGAGUUGUCUUUAUUUUUUCCGAUGCGAUGCUCGCAGCUUUUACGGGCACUCAUCGUUGUGAGGAGAAAUAGAAACUAUGAAUUUCAAAACA